UUAAAUCCUUCAAAACCUCAGUCAAAACCAACAAAGAAGAAGAGCAAGGUUGACACAUUUUUUUUUUCGGUUUGCAGCUUGGACGUUGGCUUUCCUUUUUGUUUCUAGUCCCCCCCCCGCGGCAGGCUGCUGGGCUCCUCCUGAGGUUUCGGCUCAACAACAAGCCUCAUCACGCGUGGUUGCUCAACCCGGCGGCUCCACCCUUCUCGUUCUCGCUUCUAACUCCACCGACAAGCGAAGCAGCUCGCAAAAAAAAAAAAAAAAAAAAAAAAAAAAAAGGACCAUGCCGAGCAACAACACCUGCCCGUACCCGUACACGCCAGCGCCUGCGUGCGACCAGACGUACGCCGAGUGGUUUGGCGGGGCGUACACGGCCGUGUGGAUUGUCUUUGCUGCGCUCGCUGCGCUGGAGCUGGUGCUGGGGUCGGUGCAGACCUUCCGCCUCGUCCGCCGCUUUGGCUUUGAUCCAUGGGGCCUGCAGCAGCUCGUCACCGAGAUGGCCGUCUUCAACGGCCUCAUGCUCAUCAUCCGCAUUCCCGACCUCUUUGGCUACAAGGACAGCAUGUCUCUCGUCGAAGGUGUCGCGAGUGGACUCCAGACGACCGCCUGCAUCACCAGUUUAAUCGCGGUCGCCUUCUCCUGGUUUCGCAUCGUUUUGUGGGGCGAGGAACACUUUACGCUGAAACUCAUCGUUUCGUGGCUGCAGCGAGUCUCCAUGCUGCUUGCAUGGACUGUUUUGCCGGCCUUGUCCAUCGCGUAUGGACUGCUGGACGCCUGGGCUGUACAGCUGGUGCGCUUCAUUUUGCUCGGCUUGAUCGAGCUCGCCUGGCUUUGCGUUGCCCUGUUUUUCGGGCUCUUGAUUGUCCGUCACACACGCGAAGCCAACCGGCUCUUGGCGUUGGCACCCUACACUCCGUCUCAGUCAACCGACACGGCCGCACCCACAUCGCCGCCAUCCAACCCAUCGCCAACCGAGUCAUCGUCUGUGAUUGAGAUGAAGGCAGUCACUCUCGAAGCGCCGCCAAGCGCGAGCUCGAGCGAGGGUGCAACGCCGUCCAGGUCGCGCGAUCGCCUGGCUGGGUCGGGCGCACUGAGCACCCGAAGCAGCACUUCGAGCCUCCGCCCAGAGGAUGUGCGCCCGAUUCAGACACAUCUCUACUCGUUCACGCUCGAUCUCGCAGUCCCGAAGCCCAUGCGACGACGGGCCGCGACCAAGGUGCCCCUCACCUUGCACAAGCGAAGAGCCAUCUUGAUUCGUCGCAUUCUCAAGUUAAUUAUUGUGACGUGCACUCUCAUGGUAGCCGUCGUGGGCUACCAGUUCUAUCUGGCCAGCUCGCUCGCCAAAUCGCGCGCCUCUUCGGCCAGAGCGCCAUCCAUCACCACCACCAGCUUCAUUUUCGACAUUGUGCUUGUUUCCAUUCAGUGGUUUUUCGGCAUGUGGCCCAUGUACUCUUUCCGCUCGCUCGUUCGCGAGAAGGACAGCGCCAGUGAACGACCCACUUCCACGCUCAUCCCAACGCAUCACUCGGAUCACGCACCUGCAUCACGAGGAGCGACCUCGCGACGAGGAGUCGGUUCUGAGAACGACGAUGAUACCAGUGUCACCGUCGAGGAUGAUGAUUCCGGCGCGGAUGCCGGCACUCCUUGAAAAAUGGCAGAAUGAGCUUUGCCACAAGGUCUAUCAAUCGGAUAGACCUCCUACAUACCACUCCCUCCCCCCUCACUCCGUCCACGUUAUUUUGUGAUAUAGCACGAUUACGAUUUUGUUUUUCACUGUUGUUAAGAUUUUGCGAUUUAGUUGUUCUUCUUGUUUUGGUUUGGUUUUGGUUUGGUUUUUUGUGUCGUGUCCUUUUUCGUUGAGCUAGAAUCACUUGCAACGACUGCAGCUGUUGCAUGGUGUGCUCUGUUUCAUUAUUAUUUCCCCCCCCCCCGCUGUCUUUUUCGGAAAUGCUCUGUUUGUUUCUCCCAAUGAACAAAACGCUAAUUCUCAUUGUUUACGUUGUUGUCGUCUCCCAAACCCAAGUUGCCGUCAUACUGUAAGACUGAGACUUGUCAUUCAAAGAUUCUUUGUUCAAAUGUCACAUCAGACCAUGA